AACCGGAAACGGGUCGAGCUAGUAAACAAUGCGCAAAGAGAAUGGUUUUUUAAUGAAGAUAAUUAAAUGUGUGUAGAGUGUGAGCGGACACGAGGCUCAGAGUUCACAGUAAAAUGUCUAAAGCAAAUGUUCUGAGAGGAUUCAUCACCGACAGACUCACCGCCGCCUCCCAGGAGAUCUUAGCGGCUGUGGACAGACUCGUAGCCGGGUACGAGGAGGAGGCUUCGGGGCUCAGAGAGGAGAUCAGCCGGCAGAGGAGACAGCUGGAGGCUCUGCAGGUUCAGGUCUUCUGCAUCAAAGCAGGUGAGAAGUGCAGCAGGGGCUUUGGCCCUGUUGAGGAAGAGGAGGAGGAUGAAGAUGAGGAGGAGGAUGAGUCCGCUGAGCGCCCACAGAACCUGGACGACUCGACAGAUGAAACUCCAUCAAGAUGUCAGUAUAAGAAGAGGAAACCUGGCAGACCUCAGAUCAGUGACACACAGAACCAUCUCGACCUCAAGAUCCGCAUCCUGGAGGACUCUCACACCGACGUGCUCUCAAACAGUGUUCUAAAGAAGUGUCCGAUGCUGAAGCUGAAGUGUCCUCGAGGACUGCAGGAGACAGACUUUCUGGACUUGCUGAGGUCCACCUUCCCUCAGCUGUCCGGAGACGACAGACGCUUUGACAUCUUAACGUCCGACAAGAGACGGAGGUUACAGCGUCUGAGAGUGAAGACACUGACUGCAGAGGAGAUCCACAGAAACAUCGGCUGCACAGGAUGGAAGUCGACGCUCUACAUCAGAAUGAAGACACAAGCAGAACCUCAGACGAGCGAGGAGGAGAUUCAUCCUCCACAGACAAGAGACGACGGCACUGAAGACUCUGUGUCCACAGUUGCCAUGGUGACAUGUGAUGACACCAGUCCUCAAACAAGCAGCCCUGUUCAGGUGGUGGAAGGUGGUGGAGAAGGCGUUUUGUCCAGCUGCUCGACAUCACAACCACAAGACAUGGAAACAGAGGGAGCUGAAGAUGAGGAUCAUGGGAUAUCAGAACCGGUUGAUAGGAAGGGGGACGGUGACGAUGAUCUUGAGAAGGAAGAAGAAAGAGAAGAAGCGAAUGACAGCAAUGACGACUGGAAACCUGACAGGAGCGACGAGGAGCUGAAAGACUCUGAACUGCCUUCGACAAAGAAAGAAAAAGCCAAACGUUGUGGCGUCAGAACGUCCGAGUCAGAGACUGAGAACAGUGAUGACGUUCUUUCCUGCAGAGUCUGCGGAGCUCUGCACAAAUCAGAAGUGGUGUUUGUCAAACAUGCCUGGAGUCACGUGGACGAUCCGGGAGGUCUUUGUGGAGUGUGCGGAGAGCUCUCAGAGUCUUCAAAGGCGUUAAAGGAUCAUCUUCAAAGUCACCACAAAACUGACGACUGUCACAUUUGCGGAGAGUCUUUCCUCGGUAUUCUCAGCCUCAAUGAGCACGUGGCUGCCCACUCAGGGGAGAGGCCGCACGAAUGUGAUGUUUGCGGUGACGCGUUUGCGUUGAAGGCGUCCCUGGUGGAUCACCAGAAACUCCAUGAGGCGGGGAAGCUGCACAAAUGCUACACAUGCCAUAAAGUGUUUGCACUGAAGGAACAGUUAAAAGCUCACCGCAGGACUCACACCAACAAAAAGACGCACCUCUGCGGCGUGUGCGGCAAAUCCCUCAGCGACUACAGAUCUUUGUCCCGCCACAAGAUGACCCACUCUGGGGAGAGACCUCACAGCUGUCAGAUUUGCGGAAGGCGUUUCAAACUUCCUGGGACGCUGAGACAACAUGAGAAGAUUCACACGGACAGAGAGAGGUCGUACCUCUGUGACGUUUGCUGCAAAAUGUUCCUGACGAGCAAGCAGCUGCAGAUCCACAUGAGAAGACACACCAAUGAGAAGCCGUACCGCUGCGGCGAAUGCGGCAGAGGAUUCACCACCAAGGGGCCUUUGACAAUUCACAUGCGAAUCCACACCGGAGAGGCUCCGUACCGCUGCCCGGACUGUGGCUGGGCCUUCAAACGCAAGACUAAUCUGGAUAACCACGUGACGGUCCACUCAGGCCUCAAACCGUUUGUUUGUGGGGUUUGUGGGAAAGCAUGCGCUCGCAAAACGUAUCUAACUGUUCACAUGAGGACCCACAACGGGGAGAGACCGUUCAAGUGUACGCUCUGCGACAAAGCCUUCACUCAGAGCCACUGUCUGAAAACACACAUGAAGAGCCACCUGGUGGCAGACGCUGCAACGUGACUCUGAACAUGGACCAAAUGAAUUUUCUUUUGUGAAACUGAUUGAUCGUGUUUUUGUCUAUUUAAGUUCUGUCAAGGCUCCCGUACUCUGUGCAAAGUUCACUGCAUGUCACGCUGUGCAAAGACAGCUCAAAUAAAAUCUUUGGCGUA